UGGGAAGCACAGUACAAGCAGUCGACGCACAAGUGUGGAGUGAAAUUCUUGGCUCUCUUGGCACAUCGCUGUUUUUUGUGCCUGUUGCUUGAGAACAGUUGAAAUAAUACUUACAUACAUAAAACAACCUUCAAAGUGUGUACACAUAUAUAAAAAUCGGUGAAAUUGUGUUGGCGAUUUUUUUUUUUUUUUUUUUUUUUUUUUUUUAAAUUCCAAAAAGGAUAAAAUUAAUUUUAGUCCUGAAAAAAAAUCAGCUGUCACGAAUCUUGGCGCUAUUUUUUUUUUUUUUUAUUUUUAUUUUUAUUCAUCAAUUUGAUUUUAAAUUAUCUAAUUGAUAUUUUAUAUGUGAUGAAACAAUAUGCGUUGAAACUAUUAAUAUAAAAUAAUAGUGCAUUUUUAGAAGCAGGAAAUAUUUUUUAAGUAACUAUAAUAUAUAAUAUAAAGGAGGUGCGGUCUUGAUAUAUUUUUUUUUCUUCUUAUAUCCAAUCCAAACUCGAGUUUCACUUUUCCGUGAGGUGUGUGUGUUGAGAGUGUCCUGGCUAGUUCAGGUUGACCACCAAACUGAGACGAAAAACAGUAAAAGUGGUUUUUAGUUUAAAAAAAGAAAAUAAAAAAAUUACGCAGAAUUCGUGAAAAAAAAUCGUGUUCUUUAUGAAGUGAAUUGAGAGUAUUUUCUCUUUUUUUUUUUUACCUCAAAAUAAUACUUUUGUUCUAAGAGGGAAAAAAUAGUCUUUGUUUGACUUUUCACGAUUUUUUUUUUUUAAAUAGCCAACUAUGGCGGAAGCCCAUUCAGCUGUAGCAUUUAGUUUUGCAAUUACCCAUGAGGGAUGGGACGUGAAUUUCGAUAGAGAAGUCCUUCAUCUUGUCUGGCAAUCUGGUAUUCGUUCUUGGAAGAAAAGAUUUUUUAGAUUCCAGAAUAAUUUAAAAAGUGGCGUUUAUCCAGCCUCAUUGGGAAGCUUAUGGCUUACAAUAUCAUUAGUGACAGCAGUUCAUUUUGCAGGAUAUAAAGUUCCUUAUGAUUUAGUUGGAAAAGUAUCUCCAUACCUGUCAGGGUCUUCUAUACCAGCACAUCUUGCAGGUUCAAUUGUAGUUGGAUUAUUAUUGUGGCUAGUUGUGAUAUAUGGAAUUCGUUAUACAUUAAAAUUAUUAUUAAUUUAUAAGGGAUGGUUAUUUGAGGCAGCAAGUCGAAGGGGAAGUCGUCCCUCUUAUAAAACCCUAUUGUGGUUUUAUUUAGUUAAAUUAUUUUCUGGCUGGAACAAGCCAAUGCUGUACAGUUUUCAAGGCUCAUUACCGAGACUUCCACUUCCUUCCGUUGAAGACACUAUGAAAAGGUAUUUAGUAAGUGCACGACCUCUAUUGGACGAUAAAAAUUACACACGUAUGGAAAAAUUGGCAAAAGAAUUUCAACAAGGAAUUGCUGUGAAAUUACAACGUUAUUUAAUGUUAAAAUCAUGGUGGUCAACAAAUUAUGUUUCCGAUUGGUGGGAGGAAUAUGUUUAUUUACGUGGUCGUUCAGCAUUAAUGGUGAAUUCAAAUUUUUAUGGUAUCGAUGCAAUUUUAAUGCAACCAACAACAAUACAAGCGGCACGAGCAGCGUCAACGAUUCAUUCAUGUCUACAAUAUAGACGUCUCAUCGAAAGACAAGAAUUAGAACCAAUUCUUAUACAAGGUCUGGUGCCCUUGUGCUCGUGGCAAUAUGAAAGACUUUUUAAUACAACAAGAAUACCUGGAAUUGAGACCGAUAAAAUAAUUCAUUAUCAAGAUGCAAAACACGUUGUUGUUUAUCACAAAGGCAGAUAUUUCAAGGUGCUUAUCUAUUAUAAGAAUAGGAUUCUCAUGCCAUGUGAAAUUGAACAACAAAUUCAACAAAUUUUGGAUGACACAUCGUCGCCUGCUGAAGGAGAAGAAAAAUUAGCAUCGUUGACUGCUGGCGAAAGAACACAUUGGGCCCAAACGAGACAAAAAUAUUUUUUCAAAGGCGUUAAUCGAGCUUCUUUGGAUUUAAUUGAAAAAGCUGCUUUCAUUGUUGUUCUCGAUGAUGUUCCUUAUGAAUUUGAUAAGAAAUAUCCUGAAAAAUUGGACAAUUAUGGACGAAUUUUAUUGCAUGGAAAAGGUCACGACAGAUGGUUUGAUAAAUCAUUUACAUUGUGCAUCGGCAACAAUGGAAGGAUUGGUUUCAAUGCUGAACACUCGUGGGCAGACGCAGCAGUAAUGUCACACAUGUGGGAGUACGUGAUAUCUGACGAUGCUCAAAAUCCAGUAUUUCGAGAAGAUGGACACACUCUUGGAACACCGGAAUUAAUUCCACCGUCACCAUCACGACUUCAGUGGGAUUUAACGAAAGAAUGUCUUGACGCAAUUGAAAAAUCAUAUUUAGAGGCGGAUAAAUUAUUGAACGAUGUGGAUUUAAGAAUUUAUGUUAAUGACAUUUAUGGAAAAGGUUUUAUGAAAAAAUGUUCAAUGUCACCAGACGCUUAUAUUCAAAUGGCACUCCAACUUGCCUAUUAUCGUGAUGCUGGACAUUUUAGUCUCACUUAUGAGGCAUCAAUGACAAGAUUAUUCCGCGAAGGUAGAACUGAAACAGUACGACCUUGUACCAAUGAAUCGUCAGCCUGGGUCAAGGCAAUGGAAGAUAAAACAAAAACAGUCGAUGAACGACUUAAAUUAUUAAAUGAAGCUGUUAAAGUACAUCAAUUGGGUUAUCAAAAUGCAAUGGUUGGAAAUGGAAUUGACAGGCAUUUGUUUUGCCUCUAUGUUGUUUCCAAAUAUUUGGAGGUUGAUUCCCCAUUCUUGAAGGAAGUAUUAAGCGAGCCUUGGAAAUUGUCAACGUCACAAACACCACAUGGACAAACAACGAGAAUUAAUUUGAAAAAAUUUCCAAAUUGCAUUUCCGCGGGUGGUGGAUUUGGUCCAGUUGCCGACGAUGGCUAUGGAGUUUCUUAUAUUAUUGCAGGAGAGGAUAUAAUAUUUUUCCAUAUUUCCAGUAAACGUAGUUCACCAGCGACGAAUUCAGCGCGAUUUGGCGAGCAAAUCAAAAAAGCUCUAAUGGACAUGAAAAAUCUCUUAGAGGACAAGAAGAAGCAAGAGAUCCAAAAGAAUGGAUCAACAUAAAAUGAUGAAAAGUAAUCUGAAAUGAAUUUCAGAUUUGGAAACUACUUUUCAUUUUUUUUUUUCACGGUGAGAGGAGGAGGAUCUCGUGUUUACAAAUUAUGUAAUUCGACAAAAUUUUGAUUUACCAAGACAAGCUAGAAAAAACGAGACCAAAAAAAAGAGUCUAAAAUUUUUUCUAGUUGGUAAUUAAUUUUUUUUUUUUUAAUUAAUUUGAGGUCACCUCAAAUGGCUGCUGUUUUGCUUACGCAUAUUUAAUGUGUACAGAGCUCAAUUAUUAACUUUACAAAUGAAAAAAAAAACAUGUACAUUUCAGAUGUUACAUGAAUUAAUUUAAAAAAAAAAAAAACAA